ACAAAACAUCUUCAAAAUGACGAGGAUCUUGACAGCUUGCAAAGUGGUGAAGACACUGAAGAGUGGCUUUGGUUUUGCCAAUGUGACUGCGAAGCGACAAUGGGACUUUUCCAGACCUGGCAUAAGGCUCCUUUCUGUGAAGGCACGGACAGCACACAUUGUCCUGGAAGAUGGAACUAAGAUGAAAGGCUACUCCUUUGGCCACCCGUCCUCGGUUGCUGGCGAAGUGGUUUUUAAUACUGGCUUAGGAGGGUACCCAGAAGCACUUACCGAUCCUGCCUACAGGGGGCAGAUCCUUACCAUGGCCAAUCCAAUCAUUGGGAAUGGUGGUGCCCCUGACACCACUGCACGAGAUGAACUGGGACUUAACAAAUACAUGGAGUCUGAUGGAAUCAAGGUGGCGGGUCUGCUGGUGCUGAACUACAGCAAUGACUAUAACCACUGGCUGGCGACCAAGAGUCUGGGGCAGUGGCUGCAGGAGGAGAAGGUCCCUGCGAUUUAUGGAGUGGAUACCAGAAUGCUGACUAAAAUAAUUCGGGAUAAGGGUACCAUGCUGGGGAAGAUUGAAUUUGAAGGCCAGUCCGUGGAUUUUGUGGAUCCCAAUAAGCAGAAUUUGAUUGCUGAAGUUUCAACCAAGGAUGUCAAGGUGUUUGGCAAAGGAAACCCCACAAAAGUGGUAGCUGUGGACUGCGGCAUAAAAAACAAUGUCAUCCGCCUGCUAGUUAAGAGAGGGGCAGAAGUGCAUUUGGUCCCCUGGAACCACGAUUUCACCCAGAUGGAAUUCGAUGGACUUUUGAUUGCUGGGGGCCCUGGGAACCCAGCUCUUGCACAGCCACUAAUUCAGAAUGUGAAAAAGAUUUUGGAGAGUGACCGCAAAGAGCCAUUGUUCGGAAUCAGCACCGGAAACAUAAUAACAGGCCUGGCGGCUGGUGCCAAAUCCUACAAGAUGCCCAUGGCCAACAGAGGACAGAAUCAACCAGUUUUGAAUGUCACAAACAGACAGGCUUUCAUUACUGCCCAGAAUCAUGGUUAUGCUCUGGAAAACACCCUCCCUGCUGGCUGGAAACCUCUGUUCGUAAAUGUCAAUGACCAAACAAAUGAGGGGAUAAUGCAUGAGAGCAAACCCUUUUUCGCUGUGCAGUUCCACCCAGAGGUCAGCCCGGGGCCAACAGACACUGAGUACCUAUUUGAUUCCUUUUUCUCACUAAUAAAGAAGGGGAAAGGCACCACCGUUACCUCAGUUCUGCCAAAGCCAGCGUUGGUGGCAUCUCGAGUUGAGGUUUCCAAAGUCCUUAUUCUGGGAUCAGGAGGUCUGUCCAUUGGUCAGGCGGGUGAAUUUGAUUACUCGGGAUCUCAAGCUGUGAAAGCCAUGAAGGAAGAAAAUGUCAAAACAGUCCUGAUGAACCCAAACAUUGCAUCAGUGCAGACCAACGAGGUGGGACUGAAGCAGGCAGAUGCAGUCUACUUCCUCCCUAUCACUCCCCAGUUUGUCACAGAAGUCAUCAAGGCCGAACGGCCUGAUGGGUUAAUUCUGGGCAUGGGUGGCCAGACAGCUCUGAACUGCGGAGUGGAGCUAUUCAAGAGAGGCGUGCUCAAGGAAUAUGGCGUGAAGGUCCUGGGAACAUCGGUUGAGUCGAUUAUGGCCACAGAAGACAGGCAGAUUUUCUCAGAUAAACUGAAUGAGAUCAACGAGAAGAUAGCUCCCAGUUUUGCAGUGGAAUCAAUGGAGGAUGCAUUGAAGGCAGCAGACACCAUUGGCUACCCUGUGAUGAUCCGGUCUGCAUAUGCACUGGGUGGGUUAGGCUCUGGCAUCUGUCCCAAUAAGGAGACCUUAGUGGACCUUGGCACAAAGGCAUUUGCUAUGACCAACCAGAUUCUUGUGGAGAGGUCAGUGACAGGUUGGAAAGAAAUAGAAUAUGAAGUUGUCCGAGAUGCGGAUGAUAACUGUGUCACUGUCUGUAACAUGGAAAAUGUUGAUGCCAUGGGUGUUCACACAGGUGACUCAGUCGUUGUGGCCCCUGCCCAGACGCUCUCCAAUGCGGAGUUCCAGAUGCUGAGACACACUUCAAUCAAUGUUGUUCGCCACUUGGGCAUUGUGGGCGAGUGCAACAUUCAGUUUGCUCUUCACCCUACUUCGAUGGAAUACUGCAUCAUUGAGGUGAACGCCAGGCUGUCCCGGAGCUCUGCCCUGGCCUCUAAGGCCACUGGCUACCCACUCGCAUUCAUCGCUGCGAAGAUUGCUCUAGGAAUCCCACUUCCAGAAAUAAAAAAUGUUGUAUCUGGGAAGACGUCAGCCUGCUUCGAACCCAGCCUGGAUUACAUGGUGACCAAGAUUCCUCGCUGGGAUCUUGACCGUUUUCAUGGAACAUCCAGCCGAAUUGGGAGCUCAAUGAAAAGUGUGGGCGAGGUCAUGGCCAUCGGUCGCACUUUUGAAGAAAGUUUCCAGAAGGCACUGAGGAUGUGCCAUCCGUCUGUGGAUGGCUUCACUCCCCGGCUCCCAAUGAACAAGGAAUGGCCAGCAAACUUGGAUCUGAAGAAAGAGCUGUCUGAACCCUCCAGCACCCGUAUCUAUGCCAUUGCUAAGGCCUUGGAAAACAACAUGUCUCUUGAUGAGAUUGUGAAGCUCACAUCCAUUGACAAGUGGUUUUUGUAUAAGAUGCGUGACAUCUUAACCAUGGACAAGACGCUGAAAGGGCUCAACAGUGAGUCUGUUACAGAAGAAACCCUGAGAAAGGCCAAGGAGAUCGGGUUCUCAGACAAGCAGAUUUCAAAGUGUUUAGGACUGACCGAAGCCCAGACAAGAGAGCUGAGAUUAAAGAAAAACAUCCACCCCUGGGUUAAACAGAUUGAUACAUUGGCUGCAGAAUACCCUUCAGUAACAAACUACUUGUAUGUUACCUACAAUGGCCAGGAGCACGAUAUCAAAUUUGAUGAACAUGGAAUAAUGGUGCUGGGCUGUGGUCCAUAUCACAUUGGCAGCAGUGUGGAAUUUGAUUGGUGUGCUGUCUCCAGCAUCCGCACACUGCGCCAACUUGGCAAGAAGACAGUGGUGGUGAAUUGUAACCCAGAGACUGUGAGCACUGAUUUUGAUGAGUGUGACAAACUCUACUUUGAAGAGCUGUCUUUGGAGAGAAUCCUAGACAUCUACCACCAGGAGGCAUGUAAUGGCUGCAUCAUCUCAGUUGGGGGCCAGAUUCCAAACAACUUGGCGGUCCCGCUAUACAAGAACGGUGUUAAGAUCAUGGGCACGAGCCCUCUGCAGAUCGAUAGGGCUGAGGAUCGCUCCAUCUUCUCAGCUGUCUUGGAUGAGCUGAAGGUGGCCCAAGCUCCGUGGAAAGCUGUUAACACUUUGAACGAAGCACUGGAAUUUGCAAACUCUGUGGGCUAUCCCUGCUUGCUGAGACCUUCCUAUGUUUUGAGUGGUUCUGCCAUGAACGUGGUAUUCUCUGAAGAUGAGAUGAAAAGAUUCCUUGAGGAGGCCACUCGAGUCUCUCAGGAGCACCCGGUGGUUCUGACUAAAUUUGUUGAGGGGGCCCGGGAAGUGGAGAUGGAUGCAGUUGGCAAGGAAGGACGGGUCAUCUCCCAUGCCAUCUCGGAACAUGUUGAAGAUGCAGGUGUCCACUCAGGCGAUGCCACGCUGAUGCUCCCUACACAAAGUAUCAGCCAAGGAGCCAUCGAAAAGGUGAAGGAUGCAACCCGGAAGAUUGCGAAGGCUUUUGCCAUCUCUGGACCAUUCAAUGUCCAGUUCCUUGUCAAAGGAAAUGAUGUCCUGGUGAUUGAGUGCAACCUGAGAGCGUCUCGAUCCUUCCCCUUUGUCUCCAAGACGCUUGGGGUGGACUUCAUUGAUGUGGCUACAAAGGUGAUGAUCGGAGAGAGUAUUGAUGAGCGGCGUCUCCCUACAUUGGAGCAGCCCAUCAUCCCUGCUGACUAUGUUGCCAUUAAGGCUCCAAUGUUUUCCUGGCCCCGACUGAGGGAUGCUGAUCCUAUCCUGAGAUGCGAAAUGGCUUCCACUGGAGAGGUGGCAUGCUUUGGCGAGGGUAUUCACACAGCCUUCCUGAAGGCAAUGCUGUCUACAGGGUUUAAGAUACCUCAGAAAGGCAUUCUGAUUGGAAUCCAGCAAUCAUUCCGUCCAAGAUUCCUCGGUGUGGCUGAGCAGUUACACAAUGAAGGUUUCAAGCUGUUUGCCACAGAAGCUACAUCGGACUGGCUCAAUGCCAACAAUGUCCCUGCCACUCCUGUAGCAUGGCCAUCUCAGGAAGGACAGAACCCCAGCCUUUCUUCAAUCAGGAAGUUGAUAAAAGAUGGAAGCAUCGACCUAGUGAUUAAUCUCCCCAAUAACAACACCAAAUUUGUCCAUGAUAAUUACGUGAUUCGGAGGACAGCUGUGGACAGUGGAAUUGCUCUCCUCACCAACUUCCAGGUGACCAAACUUUUUGCUGAAGCUGUGCAGAAAUCUCGCACUGUGGACUCUAAGAGUCUGUUCCACUACAGGCAGUACAGUGCUGGGAAGACAGUGUAGAACAGCCAGCGCCCAGGAAAUUCAUCCUUGAGUCAGCACGAGCCACACUGCACCGAAGUGACCCUUC